AAACGAGUGAGUUGUACAUGCGAAACGAACGGUGAAAGAUGGACGCUCUCGACGGUGUGCCCCGGUCGGUGCUCGGUUAUCCGGUCAAGACGCGAACCCAGAUCGUGAUGACCUUUCUCGUGCCGGUCAUCUUCGAGAUGCUGGUCUACAUCGUGCUAACGACGGCCGACGUGCUUGUGACGAUCGAACACUUUCGCAACGGUAACACCGCCUGGGGUUGGACGACACUUGCCCUUAUCUGGCUGCCCUCCAUCGUCUGCUUCUGUUCCAUCAUUUCCACACCCGAACGCUGGCCGGAAGCGAUAGGGUGCGAUGAGCGAACAGGUCGAUUCGUGUUCAAAAAUUUAGCCAUACUAUUGCUCUUCCCACUGGCGGCCCUCUAUCGCUUCAAUCGACGCAUCUUUUGGAGUGUUGAGGCCCUGUUUCAUGACAAAGGCUCCUACGGACGGGCACAGUCGGUGGCAAAGAUACUGGAAACUUCACCCUGCGAGCUGUACCACUUCCUGCAGGCCUUCCUACAGGCUGCCCCUCAGAUGUUACUCCAGUUGUACAUCCUACUACGGGACGAUACGUUCCGGAAUUUCGACACGGUGACGGCACAGGUGAUCAGUGUGGUUUUUUCCUUCCUCACGAUGGCAACCAUCAUCACCACGUUCCAGCGCUUCGAAAGUCAAAAGAUCGUCGGUCGUUGCUAUCCUUGGAGUACGGUCCAGCAGACGUGCGCUCGGCGGAACCAGUUGCUCCGUACGACGAGCACCGUCGAAAGUACGCUCGCCGCCAAAACACCAUCGAUCGCCCCGGAAGCGGAUCCGAUCGUACCGAACAUCAUGCGUAACUUCUACUCCAAGUACGGCGUUGAAGAUAACGACGACAAUAAUUACGAUGAGGAGUCGGUCUACCGCGUACCACUGACACCGGCUAGCCAGCGCAAAACCCUCAACGUAGAUGCGAUCAACUUUGAUCGCCAGCAAUCGAAGGGAUACCGCGAUCCGUAUGCAAACUUCACCGAUGACGAUAAGGUUGGUGCCGGUGUCUCCGAUACGGUAGACGGUGGCAAUCGGCAAUCACAAUCGUUACGGAUUGGGCGAAGUGUAAGCUUUAAGCUGCACGAUACCGAGCAAGAGCUGAAAGCAAUGGCACAAUAUCUGCACGACGGUGACGAUGGCAGUGGUGCUCUCGAUAGCAUUACCGAGGUGGACAGUGAUGAUGAGUAUCUGAAACCGGACAACUUUGAUGCCGUCCCGAAGCGAGCCGCUCCUCCAACGCCCGAAACAAGCAACGGUGUCUUCCAACGUAUGUCCGUCUUCCGGAAUAUGCUGCUAUACAAUGCCGAAGCCUUCAUCAAGGAACGCGUACCGAGACUACCGGAGAAAAUGUUCGAUCAUGGCCAACCUGCGGCUUCGGAUCAGCAGAUGAACAAAGAUCAGGUGGAUGGUGACAUCAUCUCGCUACCUUCGCGCCGACAAACCAUCGUCGGUCUCGAGCAGGACGAUAUGGUCGGCAAAGCGGUAACGUUCGUCGGUUGGGUGCUGUUCCUGCUGAUGCGCAUGCUGUCGCUGUCCGUGUUUUAUGUGUUUUUCCCGCUCUACUUCUGGAUGUUGUGCGGCAACCACUAUCUGCUCAUGAUCGCCUGCAUCGUGUAUGAGGUGUGGACACACGAGAAGCUCGAACGCUACUUUUUCUACCUCUUCCUGGCCUACAUGUACGUGUUUUCGCUGCUCGAAUUCAAAAUACGCUUCGUACACGUGCGUUGGUGGUACAUCGGCUACAUUGGGAUCGUGCUGCUCGAGAACGUGGUCAUGCUGGUGCUCUGGUUUAACUUGGGCGCGUUCGAGUCCUGGUGGUUCUACUUCCUACACCACACCAUCAUCGCUAGUGGGGUGCUGAGCGUGAUGUGCUUCCUUUUCUAUUACGCCUUCCUGCGGCCGAAGGAGAAAGUACUGUUCGUUAAUGAAAAUCCGUAAAUCCUUGUCACCCUGCAUGGGCGCUAAAGGAAGGAAGGACAGUCGCUCUCUCCCCAUCUUCCGCUCUCUCUCUCUACCAAUCUUUGUCUCGCUUUCCAUCGAUUACGCCACACUGAGCAUCCAGUAAGCUUGAGCGACGACAGCGAAGAAACGAAUAGCUAUUUCCGGUCAAUAUUUAUUGUACAAAAAAAAACAGGUUAUCAUGCUCACCUUAAGCAUGGCCGUUCGAAACGUAUGGGCUCCCGAUUAUUAGUCGUGGUACCGCCAUUUGUGUUGUGAUAA